CGGGCCCACAGCUCAGUGACCGCACGCGCGCGCGCGCGAGUCCUGAACGGCCCGCUGAAGGAACCCCAUCUUCCCCGGCGGAGACCACCGGAGAGAGAGAACCCGAGGAGAGCAGGCGGCAUCCACCACGCUCAUCACUCGCCUCCUCCAGACCUCCACCCACCACCGCCGCUUCAACUCUCUCUCUCUCUCUCUUCUCUAAACCCUAACCCCAGUCAGCGAUGCUCUCGACGGCUUCGGCGCCGUCCACCUCGCUCGCCGCGGCCUUCCGCUCGUACCGCGCGCGCCGCCGGCGCCGCGCCCUCUGGCUGCGCCCCGUCGCGUCCGCCGCCUCGGCGUCCGGGGUCGGGGACGACGGAGGGGCGGAGCGGUUCGCCACCAGCAGCUCCAUCACCGACUACCUCCGCUACCGACGCCCCGAGCUUGGCGGUGCCGGAGGAGGAGCGGGAGGCGGAGGUGGAGGUGGGGUGCCAGGCGGGGAGCUGCAGACGGCGGUGGUGCGCUUCAAGAAGCGCUUCCCGUGGACGCUCAUCCACCCCUUCCUCAACGUUGAUUUGGUUUCUACAGUCCACAUUGCAGACAAAGAAUAUUUUGAUAGACUGCAGCAAGAGCUUGAAGAUUAUGACUGUGUCCUGUAUGAAAUGGUUACGAGUCGUGAGAAUUUGAACAAUCCGAAAGGUCCAAUGGCUGCUAAGAAGAUGAAAUCUUCACGUAGAGGAUUUAGUAUUCUUGGUUUCAUACAGAAGCAAAUGGCUCGGGUUCUUUCAUUGGAUUAUCAGUUAGACUGUCUUGAUUAUGGCAAUGAGAAAUGGCAACAUGCUGACCUUGACUAUGAAACAUUCAAGCAGCUUCAGAGUGAAAGAGGUGAAAGUAUUCUCACGUUUGCCGUAGACAUGACACUGAAAUCAACCAAAGCCUUGGUGCAGCCAAGUAACAUGCCGGAUGGUCUUGACUUUUGGAGAUCCAAGUUACUAUGGGCCUCACGUGUGCUACCAAUGCCGCUCGUUGGGCUACUCGUCAUCACUGGGCUGUGUCUGCCAGUGGAAAACCAAGAUGGAUUUCCUGAGCUGGAGGCAUUGUCUAGGCUAGAUUUUGGAGCUGCACUGAAGAUUUUCUUGGCAAAGCAACUGACAUCUGAGUUCACAGCUGUGCCUACACCCGUUGAGGAGAAAUCAGUUAUCAUUGGUGAGAGGAACAGAGUUGCUACUGAGAAGAUUAAGGAAGCAAUAAACUGUGGGUACAAGAGAAUAGCAGUCCUGUAUGGCGGCGGACACAUGCCAGACCUGGGAAGACGUCUUCGAGAAGAGCUCAAUAUGGUCCCAGCCGACGUGCAGUGGGUCACCGCAUGGUCAAUAAGAAGCCGGGAGAUAGACAACAAAUCCCUUCCGUUCUUGAAGACAUUGGCUGAAGCUUCAGGCUGGCCUUUGAAUAGAUACGAGACGCUUGCUCUGCUCAUCUUCUCUUCAGUUCUCGCGGUGGAUCUUUGGUUCUGGGAACUCUUCUUUGGUACUGCAGUGAGUUGGGCAUCUCUAGCUGGUUCCUGGAUUGACCAGGUUAGCAGUUCAUUUUGACCAGCAACCAUGAAGGGGAGACAAACAGAAACCUAGUGGCACACUACUAUACAGAUGGCAGUAUAAAGAAAAUAGAACAAUCCACUUUAGUUUUGAUUCGUCCAGCUAUUGCUGGAGUACUGCAGCGAACCAUUGUAGAUAAAACAUUGUAUUCCCAUCAAAUUCAAAUGAGAUUGGUGGUAAAGCUGAUGUGCUUUCUCUAGUC